UUUGUAGUCUUACUCUUUGGGAAGGAAUCUCUCACAUGGUACUUUCCCCCACCCCACCCAACAACCAUAUCCAACCAUUAGAUCUUUAACUAUAAUCCAUUUUAUAAAGCUCCAUAUAUCCUUUAGUUCUUCUCCAAAACCUUUGUCUUUCCAUUAAAACUUCCUCUCCUUUACUAAAAAAAAAAAAAAAAAAAAAAAAGAACAUGUUAGGCUCUAUGGAUCUCCCAGAUUGUGUUUAUUCAAAAGAGCCUAUUUUCAUAACUCCCAUUAGCCCAACACCAAAUCACACCCUCUAUUUAUCAAAUCUUGAUGAUCAAAAGUUCCUUAGAUUUUCCAUCAAGUAUCUUUAUCUUUUUACUAAGUCCAUAAAUUUGGAAAAACUUAAAUAUUCUCUAUCAAGGGUUUUGGUUGAUUAUUACCCUUUAGCAGGGAGAUUAAGAGCAUGCCCUGAAAAUGAUCAUAAGCUUCAAGUGGAUUGUAAUGGAGAAGGUGCUAUUUUUGCUGAAGCAGUCUUGGAUUUAACUGCUAAUGAACUUCUUGUAGUUUCUAAUAAGCCUGAUAAAUCUUGGAGGAAAUUGUUGUAUAAGGUUGAAGCUCAAAGUUUCUUGGAUAUUCCCCCUCUAGUUGUGCAGGUAACAAAUCUCCGUUGUGGAGGUAUGAUCCUCUGCAUCGCGUUCAACCAUUGCCUAUGUGAUGGCAUUGGCACAGCUCAAUUUUUACAUGCCUGGGCCCACUUUACUAAGGAACCCACCAGUAAUUUACCAAUCAAACCGUUCCACUCUCGCCACGUGUUAAAACCCCGUGAUCCACCACAAAAAACCUCAGUACAUCGAGCAUUUACGAAAAUACCCCUUGAUGAUCAAAAUCCCCAAUUUGGCCUUAAUCUUCUUAAAUUUUUACAAUCCCAACCAAUUUCCCCUGCUUCUAUUACCUUUUCACAAUCCCAGAUUCUUCACCUGAAAAGACAAUAUUCUCCCUCGGUAAAAUCCACUAGCUUUGAAGUCCUAGCAUCUCACACGUGGCGUUGUUGGGUAAAAUCCUUGGAUUUACCGUCCUCAAUUAACGUGAAACUCCUAUUUUCCGUGAACGUUAGGAAGACGGUAAAACCGGAAUUACCAGAAGGGUAUUAUGGGAAUGGAUUCGUGCUGGGUUGCGCCGAGGCACCAGUUAAGCAAGUGGUGAAUGGUAAUUUACAAGACACAGUAAAAUUAGUGCAACAUGCUAAAUCCGAAUUAACAAAUGACACGGUAAAAUCAAUAGUCGAUUUGUUAGAGGAUAAAACAGUAAACACGGAUUUAUCGGCUAGUUUGGUAAUUUCACAGUGGUCAAGAUUGAGCUUGGAGGAAGUAAAUUUUGGUGAAGGGAAGCCAAUACAAAUGGGACCUUUAACAAGUGAUAUUUACUGCUUGUUUUUACCGUCAGUGGGUGAAACUGAUGGUGUUCGAGUAUUGGUUUCAUUGCCAGAAAAUGUUGUGAAGAAAUUUGAAUAUUAUAUGAAGGAACUUUGGGAUGUAAGUGAUGUUAAUGGGGGAGAUAUCAUCAAAGGAAAUCUUCAAUUUGAAAAUCCCAAAAUGAUUUCUGCUUGAAUUUAAUUUCCUUAGGAAAAAUUUCAGUUUCUAAUUUUGUUUUUUCCUUCUGUGUGUGUUUUUUAGUAAUUUAUUCACCAGCUGCAGUUUCUUAUAUUGAGGGUGAAUGUAUAUUAAUUAAGCAAAGUAUGUGAAGACCUUCAUCUUUUGUUAAAAGAAAUUGUGCAUGCAGUGA